UUGUAGAGCAUCGCAUUGAGUCUGCAAACAAGACCACAUUACGUUGCGAACUUAACGACUGUCCUCGACUUCCAGUCCAGUUCAAUUUAACCUGUCCAAUUACGCUUGUUUUGAUAGCCUUCGAAGUGAUCCUUGAAUUUGUAAAGUUUGGGCGCCACGGGCCGGAGGCUGGGAGAGCGCUGGAGAGCGACUCUGGACCACUGCCGCCACAGCAGGCCCAAUGUCAUCGAUUGGUGACUUGCCACCAGAGGACCAGACAAUGACCUCCUUGACAAACGGAACAUGGUCAGUCUAAAAGCGUCGUCGGGAGGUUGUCUGGGGUAUAUAAGCUGCAGCAUGUCGCGAAAGUAGAUCCUCACCAACAAGAACUAAGUCUCAGCAACCUCCUACGAUGCAGUUCAAGCUCGCCUUCGCCACCUUCGCCGCCCUCGUCGCGGUUGUCGCUGCAGUUCCGUCGCCGGAGGUCACCACCCAGCUCUUCACUCAGGAAGAGAUGAUCGCCUGGCUCAAGCGACCGACGCCGAGCUCACCUUCAUCGGCGACCCUAUCCCAGGUGUCAAUGCGCCCGAAGGUCUUACCUCGCGCGCCGCGGACAACACGAUGGUCACGUACUGCAACCGCCGCACUCCAGAACGUCUGCGGCGGCUCGUGCACCGUGUACAACGGCUCGGCCAAGUGCCUCAACGCCCCGGACACGCAGUGCCUCGCAGCCACGAACAACGUCGGGUUCUGCGACAAGGGCGGAUGCGGAGGUAGCUGCAACCAGCUCUCGACCUGCGGGACGCACCUGGAUAACGGGUAUUGCUACACCCCGGGCACUAAGUCGAUCAACGUUGGGAAUUAUUAGGCCCAGUUUGGGAGGGUGGGGCUGAGGAUGCGAGAGGAUGCGACGAGAGAUGACGGGUGUAUGGGAACGCGUAGUUGUCAAUGCAUGAGAGCCUGGCUUUGUAGUACUGGAGCAAAGUGGAAGGGCUGGAGUUGAAUGACGAGUGAGCACAACCGCUGUGUGCACAUAAAGAUACUGUCGGCCGCUCGGUGUCCUUUCGACACGAUUCAAUUAGGUC